AUGUCCCUUACCUCGUCCCAACCUCCGCUGGCUAAGACCCCCUCCAACGACUUACUUUGUCAGAAGUGCCGAGAUGUGCCUUGGGAUAUAUUCUUUUCCAUACCGAGUCCCCUAACCAUUGACUUUGACUAUCAUGGGACAUUUGCUCAACUGGAGGACUCAUACGAAGAGGGAUGUCCAAUGUGUCAAAAUCUUUGCGUCAUGCUUGUCUACGAUGAUUUCGUUUUGAAUAGAGACGACCCUCUGUACUGGCGGCUGGCACCAGAAACCCUGGAGAACGACAUGGAUUUCCUUCUCAAGAACAUUGACGAAUGGCUGACGGCCUGUACACGGUCAGGAAAACAUAGGAAAUGUGCAUCGUUGGAAUCGUGCACAACAAGGACAUCACCCUUGCCAACGCGGCUGAUAGAUGUCGGUACCCAUAAUAAAGACAUACUGCGACUCAUCGAGACUCGUGAAAAGUGCCCAAGAGGUAGCAAGAAGCCUCUGUAUUUGAUCUUGAGCUAUCGCUGGGGAAAAGGCAACCAAAGCGCACGAACAACAGAACUCAACAUACAACAGAGGAAGAAGCAAAUGGCUUUACAAGACUUCCCAAAGACUAUACAAGACACGAUCAAAAUCACAAGACGUAUGGGAAUUCGUUAUCUUUGGGUAGAUGCAGUCUGUAUCAUCCAACCAGACAACGACGGAGAAACGAAAGACUGGCUGAACGAAUCUGCCAACAUGGCGAACUACUAUUCCAAUGCGUAUUGUUGCAUUUCAGCGUCAAAUGCAGAGGACAGCUCUGGAAGAAUACUGGUCGAAAGACCCGUGGGCAGGUUUCCGUUCGUAGAAUGGCGGAACCGUGGUGGCAGGGUUCUUGAAUCUCCUCAUUCUUCCCGGAGACUCUUCCGAAACCCGCUACUCGAACGAGGCUGGUGUCUUCAAGAAUGGAUUUUGUCUCCUCGAAUAUUACAAUGGACUAGAAAUGGUUUAAUAUGGCAAUGCAAAGAGGGGUUCCUCUGGGAAAGCCAGAGCGGCUUCCACGGAACAUAUCCAGAACAUUUCAGUGACCCUUUGGGGAAAUACGUUAGAUCAAGCAUUGAGUGUCCUUUCGACAUGGGUAUCACGUCCGAAUCACGGACAGAAAUCUGGCAGAUUCUGGAGACGACUAAGGAUCGUGCCUUGGGAUAUCACUGA